AAGAGAAAUAGUCUCUCUCUCUCUCUCUCUCUCUGUGUGGCUACUUUAAUAAAAGCUCUCUCUGGGAUCAUCGUACUGAAGAAGUCAAGUCUCUCAGCUGUGAAGAAAAACACAUAACUCUGGUGUGUUCUUCUGAUCGAAGAAGGAGAAGCAGACGACGAUCUCGCUACUCUGCCUGUCUGGAAGGAGGAGUUAAAGAAGAAAUGUCAGAAGGAGCAGCAGCAAAAAAGGCGGCAUUCCUAGGGGCACUCGUUGUCUCAUUCAAGGAGAAAAUCCACACUGAUCUUCUCGUUCAUCCUGGUGCUGAUCAUCAUCAUCAUCAUCAUCAUGCUCUCCCCAUCCCUACCCACAAGGCCCUCCUCUCGUCAAGAUCUAAGGUCUUCAGGAACAUGCUAGACUCCGAUGAAUGCAAGGCCUCUGCCGAGGAUUCUAUCACUCUCCCCGAUUUGAACUACGAUGAGCUCAACUCUCUUCUCGAGUUCCUCUACUCGGGCAACUUACUUGCUCCUUACAACCAGUACCGAGCCCUCUACCUUGCUGCCGACAAAUACGACAUUCCUUAUCUCCAAGACGUUUGCCGCGACCAUUUCAUCGCUUCUCUCACCUCCAGGAACGUCCUUGACGUCCUGGAGCUCGCCAGCAUUCCUUCCGACACCAUCUUGAAAUCCGCUGCGAUCAACCAUGUGGUUAAACAUAUGGAGGAAGUGGUGGUUCCCAUGAAAUACGAGACUUUUGUGCAGAGGAACCCCAGUCUUGGCGUUGAGAUCACCAGAGCUUAUCUUAGAGAGACCAAAGCUCUAGCCAAAGACAACAACCGAUCAACUGCUUCUAUUCGCCCUCACUCUCGCAUGUACUGAUGAUCAACCCAAACACCUUGCCAAAUCUGAUGAUUAUGCCUUCCUUCCUCUUCUUCUUUGAGUGUGAGAAAACUUGAAAAGACUUGUUCUAUGGAUUUUAUCUCAAGGUGUUGGUUGAUGCCCAUAGACAUAUAUAUAUAUAUAUAUAUUCUCUUGCAUUAAUCAAA